AUGGGGCCCCCAAAGAGGAGCCAAACCCUCGCCGUCACCUUGAUGUUCCUUUUCGCCUGCUUGGUCACCACAGCAGCUCAGAACAUACCAGGUUACUGCUCCUUCUAUGAGGAGUGCGGAAGGAACCCCUCAGUCAACGGGAGCCUCAUCAAGCCCAUCAUUCCCUGUGUGAACUUCAGCCCCGCCAGGAAGAUCCAGGGCGCGCACUACCAGCGGCUGAAGAAGGUGUGCCCCAUGCUGGCACACGGGGAAAACACCACCGCCUGCUGCUCCAUUAACCAGCUCUCCUCCCUGGAGAACAGCCUGACGUUGUCCAAGGCCAUCCUGGUGCGGUGUCCGGCCUGCGCCGACAACUUCGCCCACCUGCACUGCAUCACCACCUGUAGCCCCAACCAGAGCCAGACGCUCACCAUCCUGCGGACAAUCAACGUCACUAUCCUGGGACAGAUUAAGGAGGCUGUAGUGGCCUAUCGUUCCUAUGUGUCCCAGAAGUUCAUUGACGGCUCAUUCAAGUCCUGCCAGAACGUGCGGAUCCCAGCGACAGGUGGGUAUGCUAUAGGUGCCAUGUGCGGCCGCUACGGGGCGAGCCUCUGUACCCCACAGCGCUGGCUCGACUUCCAGGGAGACACUAGCAAUGGGCUGGCCCCCCUUGAUAUUGACUUCCACAUCAUCCCCGAGGGUGCCCCUGUGCCCCCGGGAAUUGUACCAUAUGCGGGCAAGGCCCUCAAGUGCAAUGAGACCACGGACAUUGGUGGGAAGGCGUGCUCCUGUCAGGACUGUGUGGAGGCCUGUCCAGCUGUAGCCCCACCACUACCCCCUCCCCCACCCUUCCUGAUUGGCCAACUGGAUGGUGUGCUGGCUCUGUGCCUCAUAGCAUUCGCUGUCCUCUCCGUCACCUUUCUGGGUUUUUUGGCGGUACGCUGGGGCAGCAGCCAUAACAAUGGCAAGGCCACAGAGGUGAAGACCAAAGUUAAAGACAAAAACAGCAACGAGGUGGGAAAGGCCAAGUGUGAGGUCAUUGACCCAAGGGAUGUGACAUGCACAGACCGGAACAGCCUGGCCACGGAGGAGUUCCUGGGUUCCAUUUUCCAGAGGUGGGGGACUCUGAUGGCCCGGCACCCCUUCAAAGUGCUGCUGACUUCAGCGGCGGUGGUGGCUGCUUUUGGGGCAGGCAUGAUGCACAUUGAACUGACGACAGACCCCGUGCAACUGUGGUCUGCCCCCAACAGCCGAGCCCGGCGGGAGAAAGACUUCCACGACAGCCACUUUGACCCCUUCUUCCGCACCAACCAGCUGAUCCUUACGGCCCCUGGGUACCCCAGCCACACGUAUGACUCCCUGCUCUUUGGGAAGCACAACUUCAGUGGCAUAAUUUCCAAGGACUUGAUCCUACAGCUUCUGAAGCUGCAGAAGCGGAUCCAGGCCAUCGAGUUCUGGUCCGACGACCUGAACCGCAACGCCAGCCUCAAGGACAUCUGCUUCGCCCCGUUGAACCCUGGGAACCCCUCCUUAACCGACUGCGCUGUGAACAGCCUGCCGCAGUACUUUCAGAACAGUGUGAACAAUCUGAAUGCCAAGGUCAACAUGACAGAGCUGGGGGAGACCAAGGAGGUGGACUGGAGGGACCACUUCAUUUACUGUGUUAACUCACCACUGUCUUUCAAGGACAUCACAGACCUGGGCCUGAGUUGCAUGGCAGACUAUGGUGGUCCCGUCUUCCCCUUCCUGGCUGUGGGUGGAUACGAGAAUGAAGACUACACCAAUGCAGAAGCUUUGAUCCUCACCUUCUCUCUGAAUAACUAUCAGAGAGGGACCCCCAAAUUCAAACUGGUGGAGAAAUGGGAGCAACUAUUCCUGGACAUCGUUCAAGAGUACCAGAGGAACUCAAACACCAAUUUCACAUUCGCCUACAUGGCAGAGAGAUCACUUGAGGACGAGAUAAAUCGGACGACAGCAGAGGAUAUCCCAAUCUUCAUGAUCAGCUAUGCUGUGAUCUUUAUCUAUAUUGCCAUGGCCCUUGGGGAGUACUCCUCCUUCAAGCGAAUACUGGUGGAUUCCAAGUUCCUGGUGGGCCUGGGUGGGAUCCUGGUGGUGGGCUGCUCGGUGCUGGCUGCCAUGGGCUUCUAUGCCUGGAUCGGAGUUCCCUCCUCCCUGGUCAUCCUGCAAGUGGUGCCCUUCCUGGUGCUGGCAGUGGGAGCUGACAACAUCUUUAUUUUAGUGUUGGAGUACCAGAGGGACAAGCGCAGGCCGGGAGAGAGCAGAGAAGAACAGAUUGGCAGAGUUCUGGGUAACGUGGCCCCCAGCAUGCUCCUCUGUAGCAUGUCUGAGUCCAUCUGCUUCUUCCUGGGGGGACUGAGCAGCAUGCCGGCGGUAAAGUCGUUCGCUCUGUACGCGGCUCUGGCCGUGCUGUUCGACUUUGCGCUCCAGAUAACGGCAUUCGUGGCCCUCCUGUCCCUGGACGCCCGACGGCAGGAUGCGGGCCGCUGCGAGCUGGCCUGCUGCUUCACGGUGUCCGCCCCCCGCCCGCCCAACCACGGCCAGGGCGUUCUCCUGCCCGCCAUGAAGCGUUACUACGCCCCCUUCCUGCUGCACCCCGUCACCAGGGUUACUGUGAUGGUGCUGUUUCUCUUCAUGUUCUGCGCUUCGGUCUUCCUGAUGUUCCAUGUGACGGUGGGCCUGGAUCAGGAACUAGCUAUGCCCAAGGACUCUUAUAUGCUGGAAUAUUUUAAGUACCUGUACAAGUAUUUUGAGGUUGGCGUCCCAACAUACUUUGUGACCACGAGGGGUUUUAACUUCACCACGGUGCCGGGCAUGGAUGCCGUGUGCUCCAGCGUGGGCUGCAGCCCCUUCUCCCUGACCCAGAAGAUCCAGUACGCCACAGAGUACCCCGAUAAAUCCUACCUGGCAAUCCCAGCAUCCUCUUGGGUGGAUGACUUCAUUGACUGGCUCAACCCUGGAUCUAAAUGCUGUCGCCUGUAUACCCUGGGCGAAAAUUUUGGGAAGUUCUGCCCGGCCAAUGAGAGUGCAUUCUUAUGUGCGAAGAAGUGCGUCAGCAGUCCCGAAAAUGGGGUGCUACGACCCACAAUGGAGCAGUUCAACAGGUUCCUCCCUGACUUCCUGGGAAACCGCCCUGACCUUCUGUGUCCCAAAGGAGGCCUGGGAGCCUAUGACAAGGCAGUGGUGAAAGAUGAACACGGUGAAAUCAUAGCGUCCCGCUUCAUGGCGUACCACACGCCCCUCGCCACAUCCCAGGAGUUCUCGGCUGCUCUCCGGAGGGCCAGGGAGCUCGCCGAAAACAUCACCCUCAGCAUGCGCCAGGUCCCCGGCACCUCGCCCGACUUUGAGGUUUUCCCAUACACGGUCACGUAUGUGUUCUAUGAGCAGUAUCUGACCAUUGUGUCAGAGGGCCUGAUCAACAUCUCCCUGUGCCUCCUGCCCACCUUCGUGGUGUGCUGCAUUCUGCUGGGAAUGGACCUUCGCUCGGGCCUGCUCAACCUGCUCACCAUCAUCAUGAUCACCGUGGAUACUGUGGGGGUCAUGACCCUGUGGGGGAUUGACUACAACGCUGUGUCCCUCAUCAACCUGGUCACGGCGGUGGGCAUCUCUGUGGAGUUUGUGUCCCACCUGACACGUUCUUUCGCGCUGAGCACGUUGCCGACACACGUGGAGCGAGCUAAGGAGGCCACCGCCAACAUGGGUAGCGCGGUGUUUUCAGGCGUUGCCAUGACAAACCUGCCCGGUAUAGUGGUGUUGGCAUUCGCCAAGGCGCAGCUCAUCCAGAUCUUCUUCUUCCGGCUGAACCUGGUGAUCACUCUCCUGGGCAUGGCACACGGCCUCGUCUUCCUCCCUGUCCUGCUCAGCUUCUUCGGUCCCGAUGUCAACAAGGCCGCACUCCUGCGACAGCAAAGGAAGGCCCAGGAGGACGCCAAAGAAAACCAGGCGCAUGACAACCUGAGCUUUGAUGACAGCAAGGAGAGCCCAGCCCCAAACGCAGGGGAGAAAGGAGGGGGAGAUUCUGUAAUGACCACCUUCUGA